AUGUGGGACUCUGAGUAUCAGGCCCGCCUGGACCAGGGCCGCUGUCCCGGCGACCGCCCGCAGCCCAGCCCCGGGCCUCCUGCCCCAGUGCCCGUGUACCUGCCGUUCCUUCUCGUUGGGUCCGUAUUUGUGGCGUUUGUUGUUGGCGGCGCCUGUGUUGGAAUCUGCUGCUGCAAAUGCUUAAACUCCCAGGAUGAGGGGCAGCAAAGCGGACUUGCACCUGGCCAGACCUGGCUGCUAGAACCCGAUCUGCCUUCUCGCCUCUCCAGUUCCAGUUCUGCCACCAGAAGCUCACUGAGUAGUGCUCCUCAGACCAGCAACAUCUGCGUGACUCUAGCUCCAUUCCUUCCGACUACGGGGUUGGCCGAAGACGCUCGGUUCUUAAGUCCCCCACCUACCAGUGGGCAACUCUUGCAGCCUUCGCGUGCUAACCACAGACCACCAACUGAUCACACCGCAAUAAUGGCUCCCGCGUCUUUCCUCAAA